AUGCGUCUCAUUAAUGUGAAGACAUUGCAACUCGAAGAGUUCACGGCGUCACUGCCGCCACCUUACAUUGCACUCUCUCAUACUUGGGGCACCGAUGAAUUAACCUUGCACGAGUUUACGGGCGCCAUUCCGCCCAUUAAAACUUCGGGAUUGCAGAAGGUAUUGGACUUUUGUGAAGCUGUCAAGUCCAGGGCGACAUCGGCAAUCGAAUACGUCUGGGUUGAUACCUGCUGCAUCGACAAGAGGAGUAGUGCCGAACUCUCAGAGGCUAUCAACUCCAUGUUUCACUGGUAUCGUGAAUCAAAAUGCUGCUAUGCUCUUUUAAGUGAUGUGGAAUAUAAUACCGCAGCGGAUGAGGUUGGUGGUGACUUUGACAAGGCAAGGUGGUUCAAAAGAGGCUUUACGCUGCAAGAACUUCUGGCGCCGGACGAGGUUGACUUCUUCGACAAAAGUUGGAGAUAUAUCGGCAAUAGAACCGCUCUAGCAGAGCGAAUCUCAAAAGCGACCACCAUUCCAACAAACAUGCUCCUAAACGGUCAGUAUGAGCGGGCGAGUAUAGCACAGAGGAUCUCGUGGGCGGCGAAGAGACAGACAACUCGGCCAGAAGACGUAGCCUACUGCCUACUGGGCUUAUUCGAUGUCAACAUGCCGCUCCUUUAUGGGGAAGGGAACAAAGCAUUUAUAAGGCUCCAAGAAGAGAUAUUAAAGGGGUCCGAAGACCAGUCAAUUUUUGCCUGGGAUGCCUCGAAAUGGGUCUGUUCGACAGGAAGCGUUGGCGUCCUGGCACCUUCGCCUGCUUAUUUUGAAGACAGUGGCAAUAUAUCAGCACUUUCACUUCCUAUGGGUGGCGACCCUUUUAUUUCCAGCAAAGGCAUCAGCAUCACGCUGUCGCUUCAGGGAACAGACCCAAAAUGCUCCGACGUGGCUAUCCUCUCAUGUCUUUUUGACGGCGACUUGGGCUCCCGAGUAGGGAUUCCCGUAUGGCGAUUUACUUCCAACAAAGCGCUCUGUAUCCGGAAAAACGUAAAGUUGGAACGGGUCCAGGUCUUUGCGCCAAGCACGUUGGCCGCUGCCAAGGACCGGAUCACUUUCGACAGAGGGUAUAGAUUCGUUUAUCUAUUGUCCAGUGGCCCUCGUUGCUUGAUCCGUUAUGAACCGGAUGCAUCGUCCCACUGGGAAUGGAAAGGAUACAACUCGGAUGAUCUGGAUAUGGCAUGGACUCACGCUAGGGAUACUCAGUCGUUGACUCUGGAGGCACCUCGGAGUUCUAUAUGGAACUGCAACACAAUCUCCGUUACCCAUGUAUUCGAGUAUAACACAGAACCUUUGGGGAGGAUAAAGGUUAACAAUAAGAGGUGUUUUGGUCUCAGGCUGUGGUUGAAAGCAUGUUUUGUUAACAGUCGUGUGGAACUAAUCGAUCUUACAUCUUCUGCACGGCGGAAGAAAUAUACCAUCAGGCAAGAGGAUCUUCGGACGCCGACUGAAUGCGCAAGUAACAGAGCCCUGGUCAAUUCCAGGAAUAAUGUAAAUGAUGUUAUACAGAUGACAAGCAAGGGGAGCAGUGCGAGUCUCAAUUUAGGUAUCAUGAGACUUACUGCGAGCGUCCAGAAUACGUAUGCUUACGGAACUCCGAUGCUCUUGGUGAGAUUGCAGGAAAGCCGAAGAGUGAAAGAAUAG